AUGCAAUGGAAUAUAAGCCAGAGCCCAGAGAGAUGGAUUUCUGAGACUGGAGGGUUGAGACAUGAACCUUCCUUCAAGUUCUUAGCGUUUAACGCUGGUCCAAGAACCUGUCUUGGUAAGAAUAUAGCUAUGAAUGUAAUGAAGACGGUGGUCGUGGGGACUUUACAGAACUAUGAGAUUAAUGUAAUCGGAGGACAGAAGUUUGAGCCAGCACCUGGUCUUAUUCUUCACAUGAGGAAUGGGUUAAAAGUCACACUUGCUAAAAAAUGCUUAGCUUGA